AUGGAGCUCAUUGUAGCUAGCGUGGAUGGUGUUAAAUUUGACAUUGAAACAGCUCUUGAAGAACAAUAUGGAGCUUUACCUUUGCCUUUUUCGGGAAUGGAUAAAUCCAUUGCAGCCGUUUGUACGUUUUAUCCAAAAGGCACUUGCAAUAAGGGAGCUGCUUGUCCAUUUAGACAUAUCAGAGGAGAUCGCACAAUUGUCUGUAAACACUGGCUUAGAGGGUUAUGUAAAAAAGGGGAUCAGUGUGAAUUUCUUCACGAAUAUGAUAUGACAAAAAUGCCGGAAUGUUAUUUUUACUCUAGAUUUAAUGCUUGCCACAAUAAGGAAUGUCCUUUUCUACAUAUUGAUCCUGAAAGUAAAAUAAAAGACUGUCCUUGGUAUGACAGAGGGUUUUGUAGACAUGGUCCACAUUGUAGGCAUAGGCACGUUAGAAGAGUUUUGUGUAUGAAUUAUUUGGCUGGUUUUUGCCCAGAUGGUCCAGAUUGCAAAUUUAUGCAUCCAAGAUUUGAAUUACCAGCUCCGACAGAAAAUGCUAACCAAAAUACAAAUAAAGUCAAAGCCGUUCUCGUUUGUCAUUAUUGUAACGAAUAUGGACACAAAGCAAUGUAUUGUUUAAAAAUGACUCCCGAACAAAGAGCAGAACAGGCUAGAAUAGAAAAUGAACCAUUUUUCAAAGUAAUUUUUUUAACAUCAUCAUCAUAA